AUGUAUUCAUUGCGAAAUAGCCUAAAUAACUUUACGCGUGCGCGUUUAACUUCAAAAGUGCUCGCAACUCCCUCAAAAUCUUGUCGUUUUCAACGUGUACCUGGUAGUUAUUCUUUCUGUACUAAACGGGAGAAUCUCAGGGCGUCUUCUAAAGAAAGACAAUUCACGCGUCAAAAAAGGAUUUUUUUUCGCUCUUUUAGCUUAUUAAGGCCAAAUCAUCUUUUGCAAAAGUCUACUAUCCCGAAACAAUUCAUUUCCCAGAAUGAAACAGCAAUUUCCAGCUCGAUAACCUAUACUAAGCCUGUUGUCGGCUACUGGUUACUUGGAACUGCAGCACUAGUAUUUGGAAUUGUCAUAUUAGGUGGCUUGACCAGAUUAACUGAAAGUGGGUUAUCUAUCGUAGAAUGGAAGCCUAUAACUGGCGUGCUAUUACCCAUAACAGAGCAGCAAUGGAAAGAAGAAUUCAAAAAAUACAAACAAUUUCCGGAAUACAAAAAACUCGACACUGAAAUGUCAUUGUAUGAUUUCAAAUUUAUUUAUUUAAUGGAGUGGGCACAUCGAAUGUGGGGACGCGCAAUCGGCCUGUCCUUUAUUUUACCAGCUGUUUAUUUUGGUGCUCGAGGCUACAUGACUAGGUCAACUUCGUAUAAAAUAAUCGGACUUGCUGGACUUCUUGGAUUUCAAGGAUUCUUAGGUUGGUAUAUGGUAAAAUCGGGACUAUCUGAAGAAUUAAUGAACGACCCCGGAGCUGUGCCACGGGUCAGCCAUUAUAGGCUGGCAGCACAUCUGGGUAGUGCUUUUUUAUUGUACAUUGGGAUGUUACUUACUGGCUUACAGAUCCUACGAGACGCAAAAAUUGCUAGAGGGACUUUUCCUGCGUCAAUUUCCAAAGCUCUGUUAAAUCCUGCAAUUGCUAUGUUCCGUCGUUCUGCUAUUGGCAUUGCAGCAUUGGUAUUUCUAACUUCAUUAUCCGGUGCCCUUGUUGCCGGAUUGGAUGCUGGCUUAAUAUACAACGAAUUCCCAUAUAUGGGAAAAAAUAUAAUGCCGCCACAAAACGAACUAUUUUCGAAAAAUUAUACUCGCCCAGGUGAUGCUUUUGCAUGGAGAAAUUUUUUCGAUAAUCCUACAACUGUGCAAUUCGAUCAUCGUAUUAUGGCAACGACUACGUUAGGAGCAAUUAUUGCUUUGUGGGUUUAUUCGCGUCGUGUACCAAUCACGGUGAAUGCUCGUCGUGCAAGUAAUAUUCUGCUAGGUGUUGCUGGGAUGCAAGUCACAUUGGGCAUUAGCACUUUAAUAUAUAUGGUCCCAAUUCCUUUGGCUUCUGCGCAUCAGGCAGGUAGUUUGACCUUGCUAACUAGUGCACUGUGGUUGGUACAUGUAAUGCGAAGAGUUCCACCAUUGAUUGCAAAAUCGAAUGGUUUGAAAAAGUUAUGA